AUGAGUGUACAGUUUCAUUUUUUGGAGAAGAGCUCUGGUGAAGCCAACAAAUUUUCACCCUGCUCUUUCCUGAAAAUACCCUGGAAAAUUGUUGGAAGCAAUUGAUUUCAGUCAAUUUGGUGGGGUGAUGCUGGGAACUGUGUAGUAAUUGCUGAAAAACAAACAAACAAACAAACAAACAAACAACUACCUUUCAUGCACCACCUUAAUCUUCAUGGAUUCAGCAAAACAGAAAGAUUCUCCAAUACUGGUCUCACCUGA